AGGACUUUGAACGAGAGUUCCCUAAAGAAAUGGGGCGUAAUACCGAUGUCCGAAUAUUCAGAUCCUUAUCAUAAAAGACAGCCAGAUUGUUCGUUAAUGAUACAUGAUCUGUCAGAUUUGCUUUAAACCAAUGACGAUGGGCGAGAUUGGCUGUUUUCUGAGUCACUACAUCGUAUGGCAGAAGGUACUAGAGCACGGUUAUAAAAGCGUUAUGGUGUUGGAGGAUGAUGUUCGCUUCGAGCCAUUCUUUCGACAGAAAGUCGAUUACGUUUUGGCGGAAUUGUAUAAUCUCAAACUUGAAUGGGAUUUGGUAUACAUGGGAAGAAAAAAAUUGAUGAAAUCAGAGAAUCUAGUGGAAGGAUCUACAUUCUUGGUACGCGCAGGAUACAGUUACUGGACUCUUGGUUACAUCUUGUCGGAAAGCGGAGCGAAGAAAUUGAUCGAUGCUUUGCCUCUCGGGAAAUUAAUUCCCGUUGACGAAUUCCUUCCCAUUCUUUCGGACACGCACCCUGAGAAACAGUGGGCGGCUCAAUUUCCCACUCGGGAUUUGAUUAUCUUAUCUACAAAUCCACUUUUAAUUUAUCCGUCGCAUUAUACCGGCGAGGAUGGACACAUUAGCGACACGGAAGACUCAAAACUCGUGCAUAAUACUUUUAUCAACAACUUAGAAAAAGAAGAACUAUAAUCAAAGGAAAACCAUAAGAUAAGAAAAAAUAGUAAUUUAUCUAGUCGAUGAAUUCUGCCAAUAAUCUAUUUUAUAUAACAAAUUGAAUCAUUUUUUGACAUAAAAUACCUAUACUGCCGUUAUAUUACCAUGUACUAUUAAUUUGUAGUUUAUACUCGAUUAACGUAUAAUAUAGGGCCAUUUUAAUGUCGCCAGUUUUUUAUUAUACAAACAGCAACGAUAAUGUACCAGUGGCGAAAUAAAACAUCUCCCUGCGUUGAUUGUACUUCAUCGUGCGCUUGUAUUUAGCUCAAACGGAUUAAUUAAUUUCUAAACAUCUUUAAUUAUUGCGAAAAUUGUAAAUUUAUAGGACUUUUAACAGUUCAGUCUGCUUUAUGUGCCCACGAGAGAUGAUGCAGUCAUUAUUGGACACCUUGUAUACAGGAAUAUGUAUACAGGAAUACCCUAUAUAUCUUAUAUAUCUUUUCAUAGAAGAGGAAGAUGCUAUAGUUUUAUAGAUUUCUU